CAAUAUUUAAUAGCAGCUCCUCCCACUCUACAAUGGCAGCAGCAGAUAGACUUCUUCUCGCUUUUCUUGUCUUUUUCCUCCUCUCCCUUCUCACCAGUGGGUCUGCUGGACAGGACCUGAUAGAAGAAAGUGGCUCUGGUGAUAUGAACGUGUCCUGUCCGACUGAUACUCCCUGCUCUGACCUCCCAUACCGCUGCAUAUCCUGUAAUCAUGAUAACGGGUCCUGUCUCUAUGGCCAAGAAACCAAUUUCACUUGCUCCCCGAUCGAAGGAGUUGACUGUGAAGGUCCCACGUCUUUCAAUAUAAUAGCAACAUGUCGAUAUUGUUACCAGUUACCGGAGCCAAUGACCUGCUGCUCUACCAACACUACAUGUAACGUGAAAUCAUCACCCAAGUCAAUGUACAUUUCAAACUGCACAGCAUUAGAUACUGAAUAUUGUAUACCUCCUAGAGCAUUCCAAAAGAGACUGCCAUGCAAUUAUUCGACAGGAAAGAAAUGGGGAGUGGCUUUCAUAUUAAGUGUCACACUCGGUGGAUUUGGUGCCGACAGGUUUUACCUGGAGCAGUACGGAUCGGCUGUUGGGAAACUACUGUCAUUUGGUGGAUUAGGGGUGUGGUCAAUUAUAGACGUUAUACUGGUAGCGACUGGUUAUUUAACUCCUGCAAACGGGUCUGCUUUCAUUUAGAUUAGAUUUAAUUAUUAUUUUUUUUGUUUAUCUGUCAAUCAUUAUUUUGUUCGUAAAGCAUUGUAUCUUUUUUUUUAUUGAUAAUGUACAUGUAUUAUUAUUAUUAUCAUUAUAAUAGUAUAAUAAUAUUACAA